AUGUUAAUUCACGGCAUGUGCGCAAUCUGCGGGGAGAUAUUCAUCACGAACAAUAUAGCAGCUCUGCACUGUGGACACACUUUCCAUGCUGAUUGUAUUCAAGAGUGGUUCAAGCAUACCGAAACUCCCACUUGUCCGAAUUGUAGAACUCUCACUGCCACUAACCAAGUGGUGCGUCGCCUCUUCUUCAGUGUUUCCGAUGAUACAACCCUCGUUGAUGAACUAAUGAAAACUCUUAGUGAGAAAAAGUAUGCUUUCUCAUGUGCUCAAGCGGAAAUACGGGAACUCAAAAACGAUUAUGAAAACCUGGAAAUCAAGCUCGCAAUGGAAUUCGUCGAAAAAUCUGAGCUUUUGGAGAGAGUUGCUUUGUUGGAUAGUCAGAAUGGCAUCCAAAUUGAGCAGCUGGACGAAGCAAAGAAACUACAGAAAAAGCUCGAAGCAAAAUUACGUAAUGAGCGGAAACAGCUGAAGAAACUUAGGAAAAAGAAGAGAGAUUUGGAAGCACGGAUCGAGAGUAUGGAAGAACAAACUAGAGUUUCAAAGAAGAAGGAGAACGAUUUGGAAAAACUUGUUAAGAGUAUGGAAGAACAGCUGAAGAUUUAUAAGAAAAAGGAGAGUGAUUUUGGAGAACUCGCUAAGAGUUUGGAAGGAGCACCGCAGAUAUCAGAGGAAGAAGAGCAAUUUUAUGACUGUUAA